AUGUUUCAACUGUUGAAUGAGAUACAUCAUAAAAGAUUGGAACGUUAUUCCAAUUGUUCUAUUGAAGCAAUUUACCGUCCAUUUGAUGCUAGUCUUCAAAAUUCAGUCGAUCCUUGUUUCGUAUAUUCAUUUACUUUGAUUGUUAAUUCGCUUUUGGGUGCUUUUGCUGCUUAUCAACUACUUAAAUCACUAUUUUAUAAUAGCCAUGGUCCCUUCAGAAUUCAUUAUGCUUUGGGUUCAUCGUUCAAAAUUAAAAGUGUUGGUGGUUAUCAAAUCUUAAAAUUAAUUUUAUUAUUUUUACAUUCAACUGCACUCAUGCUUUUAGCGUUUUAUAACUUUACUUCAUUGACUUCUAUGUUAUUCUUUGCAACUGCAUCAUCUUUUGGCAUUUUUACUUUAAUAAUCUUACCCUUUCACAUCAUUGAACCAACAAGAACUGUUACUGCAAAUUCUUCAUUAUUAUUAUAUUGGAUAAUAAUUUUGUUUUUAAAUUUGUCUGUUUUAGUUCAAGAUGUUUUCUCUGGAUUUAAAUUAUAUAUUCCUAUAAGUGGUAAUUCUUCGAAAUCUCUUGUCUAUGUUCUUGAAACAUUUUUGUUCAUUAACUCUGCGAUCGUCUUAUUUCUUGAAACUUCUCUUUUUAAACCAAGUGUGGAAUUACGUGAUUAUUAUUCAUUAAAUGGUUGGGAAAUAUCAUCAGUAAGAAACAUGAUUUCGCAAAUAACUUUCAGUUGGCUUGAAGACCUUAUUAAGAAAAUUUAUGAUACUGAUGAAUUGGAUAUCAAGGAUAUUCCGCCGGUACCAAUUGAAUUGAAAAAUGACACUUCUUUCAAUAAAUUAGCAAGAAAAUUGAGAGAUUUAAAGUUAAAAUAUAAACAGACGUCGAAACCAUCAUUACUUUACAUUUUGAUACUGAUUCAUUUUUGGGAUUUGUUAAUUGCUGGUACCUUAGAUUUCGGUGAAUCAUUUUUUGGGUUUAUUCAAGCGUUUUUAUUUCAAAGAUUUAUUGCGUUCUUUAGUGAGAAUCAAGCUGAAGUUAAUAAGCAACCUGCUAUAGUAAGUUUUGCAUAUGCAACUGGUAUUUUUGUUUGUGCUGUGUUAAGGUUCGCUAGUAGUAAUCAAUACUUUGCUGUGUUUUAUAGUGUUCGAUGUGAAAUUCAAGGUUCACUAAGUACUAUGAUUUUUAGAAAAGCUUUGGAUUUGUCUCCCGAAUCUAAAAAGACUAAAACAACAGGUGAAAUUGUUAAUAACUUAUCAGUUGAUGUCAAUGCUAUUUGUGAAAUGCCAAGAUUGGUAGAAUUGAUUACAGCUCCAUUGAAAUUGAUCUUUACUAUGUUAUCAUUAUACAAGAUUAUUGGUAUUUCUUCUUUAUCGGGUUUUGUUGUAACAGUGGUUUUUGUACCUAUUACGGGGAAAGUUAGUGCUUUUGUUAUGCGCUAUGUUAAAGAAAAUAUGAAAUAUAAAGAUAAACGGACCAAGUUAACUUCGGAAAUUUUAUCAUCCGUUAAGAGUAUCAAGUUAUAUUCUUGGGAAAAUCCCAUGUUGGAAAGAUUGUUCAAAAUCAGAAAUGAUCAAGAAUUGGUCCUUACCAAAAAAAUAGGAAUACUUAAUUCCUGUUCUAUGAUGCUUUGGACUAUUAUUCCGAUACUUGUUCCACUUUCCUGCUUAGUGACCUUCGUAUUCGUUUCAAAAGUUCCUUUGGUUCCAGCUGUCUGCUUUCCUGCUUUGAGUUUGUUUGAAAUAUUAUCAAGACCAAUUGUCACGUUUCCUGAAAUUCUCAACAACUUCUUUAAUAUGAGAAUAUCAUUGCAACGAUUAAGUGACUUCUUCGAAUUAAGUGAAUUAGAGUCGGCAAUCACUGAUCGUUCUUAUAAAGAACUUAAAAAGAAUGAUGUUUCUAUCAAGAUUAACAAUGCUACAUUUUUAUGGAAUGAAGAAUCAGAUAAAGAUUAUACUGAUGAAGAUCGUAUUGAGUCUGAUGGUGAAAAUAAUGUUGCUUUAAGUGAAAUUAAUUUUGAAGCUAGAAAAGGUCAGUUAACUUGUAUUGUGGGAAAAGUAGGUUCUGGUAAAACUACUCUUUUGAAGAGCAUUCUUGGAGAAUUAAUCCUAAUUAAGAAAAAUAACACAAAGCUUGAAGUAAAUGGAACAAUUGCUUAUUGUUCUCAAGCUCCCUGGAUCCUUAAUAGUUCUGUCAAGGAAAAUAUCUUAUUUGGUUGCAAAUAUGAUAAAUCAUUCUACGCAAAGACUAUAGCUGCUUGUCAAUUAUUGCCUGAUUUCGAUGCUCUCCCAGAUGGUGAUAAGACUAUUGUGGGUGAAAAGGGAAUCUCUUUAAGUGGUGGUCAAAAAGCUCGUAUUUCUUUCGCUAGGGCUGUUUAUGCAAGAGCUGAUAUUUAUCUUUUAGAUGAUGUUUUAUCUGCUGUCGAUGCUCAUGUUGGGAAGAAUCUCGUUGAUCAAGUUUUAGGUAAAAAUGGUAUAAUUGCAUCCAAGACCAUUGUCUUAGCAACUAAUGCUGUUAAAGUUUUACAUGAAGCUGAUAACAUUGUUCUUUUGAAGAAGGGUGAAAUCACUGAAGGUGGUAAUUAUGAAGAAGUAAUUGCCAAAAAUGAUGAAUUAGCCGUAUUAAUUAGAGAAUUUGGACAACAAGAAGCUGAAGAGGAAUUGGAAGAAUUGGAGGAUGAGAUUAAGAAAGAUUUUGAACCAGAAGUUGAUGUUGUUUCUGUCGGGUCUACUUUGCAAGAUGAUAACAUCAUUGAAUUAAAUGCUUCCAAUGUGAAGAAUCACAUUGAAGUCGAUAUUCCUUUGGAAGUUGUGGAUUCAAUAUCUUCCCUUAGACGAGCUAGUAUGACUUCUUUAGACCAUGAAUAUCAAGAAGAAGAUGAACAAGAUGAAACCAUUGUUAGAAGGACUGAGCAUGUGGUUGAAAAGGGGGCAAAAGGACGAGUGAAGUUGGAAGUAUACUGGGAAUAUUUCAAAGCUGCCAACGUUAUAGACAUAUUUAUUAUUAUUUUUUUGAUGAACCUUUCAACAGUUAGUCAGAUUAUGUCAGGCUAUGCUUUAAAAUCUUGGUCACAAGAUAAUUUAGAUGCUGGACAAAAUGUUUCUUCUAAGUUCUAUUUGAUUUUAUAUUCGCUUUUAGGUGGAAUUACUACUUUAGGAACUUUUGGAGGUUCAAUAUUAGGUCGAACGAAAUCUAGUAUCAGAGCUUCAAAGCAUUUUCAUGACAAUAUGGCUAGAAAUGUCUUAAGAUCUCCAAUGUCAUUUUUUGAUACUACUCCUGUUGGAAGAAUAUUGAACAGAUUCUCCGAGGAUAUGAAUGUGAUAGAUGAUCAGCUUACAUUUCUUUUGUUUGGUGUGUUAAGAUUUGGUUCUACCACUAUUGGUAUCUUAGCUGUUAUUAUUUUUAAUUUUCCAGUCAUGAUUAUAGUUAUUCUGGUACUCUUUUUCUUCUACAACAAACUCAGAGAAUACUAUAUUCCUUCUGCCAGAGAACUCAAGAGGUUAGCAAGUGCUUACAGAAGCCCUGUGUAUUCACACCUUCAAGAAUCAGUAACAGGUGUCGAGACUAUUCGUGCUUAUGAUCAAAUUAACAGGUUCGUCAACGGAAAUAAGAUAAAAUUAGAUAGAUUAAUUUCUACAAAUUUUGCAGCCCUAUCUUGUGGUAGAUGGUUGAGUAUGAGAUUGCAAGCAAUUUCAGCCGUAGUUGUUUAUGCUACCACGUUAGUUAUAUUAUCUACAUUGGGAACUUCUCAUGAAUUAGAUUCAGGAUUAGUUGGGUUUGUUAUGAUGAAUGCCUUGAGUAUUACUGGUACCUUGAAUGCUAUGAUUAGGCUUUGGGCUGAAGUUGAAGCUAGAUCAGUUGCCAUAGAAAGAAUUAUUGAAUACUGUAAGUUGAAGCCGGAGGCUCCAUUAGUUAUUUCUGACAAUAGACCCCGUGAAGCAUGGCCAGAGUCAGGUUCAAUUUCAUUUAAGAACUAUUCCACCAAAUAUAGAGAUAAUUUAGAUCCAGUAUUGAAAGAUUUAAAUAUUGAUAUCAAGGCUCGUGAAAAGAUUGGUAUUGUUGGAAGAACAGGGGCAGGAAAAUCGACUGUUGCUAUUUCUAUGUUUAGAAUUAUUGAACCAUCGCAAGGGCAUAUUGAAAUCGAUGGAGUCGAUACUAGCAAAAUGGGUUUAUUUGAUUUACGUCAUAGAAUUAACAUUAUCCCUCAAGAUGCACAAACCAUCGAAGGUAGUGUGAGAGAGAACCUUGAUCCAUUUGGUGAAUUUGAAGAUGAAGAGUUAUGGAAUGUUUUAGAAAUGUCUCAUUUGAAAGAGCAUGUUCAAGAUAUGAAAACAAAGAAAAAUGUGAAGAAAAAGCAAACUGAAGUCAAGGUUUCUGAUGAUUCUAUUAAUAUUGAAGACAUUUCAGAUUAUGAUAUGGGAUUAGAUGCUGUUGUUUUUGAAGGAGGGUCAAAUUUAUCUUCUGGGCAAAAACAACUAUUAUCAUUAGCAAGAGCUUUAUUGAAUAAAUCACAAAUCUUGAUUUUAGAUGAAGCAACAGCUGCAGUUGAUGUGCAAACAGAUAAAAUUAUUCAAGAAACUAUUAGAUCAAGUUUUAAGGAUAAGACUAUUUUAACAAUUGCUCAUCGUUUGGAAACUAUUUUAGAUAGUGAUAGAAUACUUGUCCUUCAUGAUGGACAAGUUAAGGAGUUUGAUACUCCUAAAAACUUAUUAAAAGAUGACACUUCCGAGUUUUACUCUUUAUGUAAUAAAGGUGGUUAUCUUAAAAAUUUAGAUAUAGAAAACCUCUAG